CCUCAGCAUCCUCGGCCCCAGCAGCAGCCCCCGCAGUCGCUGGAGCGGCCGCGCCCGCCGCAGGGAGGGAGGAGCAUCUGGGGAGGCUCCAAGUUGGCGGAGCUGCUGGGACCCCUUGACUCUUCCUUGGCCGCCCGGGGAGGGGCUGAGAGGCGAGCAGGGGAGGGGGCGCCGCCCAGCCCCGAGCCCUGACCCCCUGCCGGCGGCGGCACCAUGCGCGCCGAGCCGGCGUGACCGGCUCCGCCCGCAGCCUCCCGCAGCCCAGCCCUCGCCGGCCACACCGAGCGGCGCCCGGGAGCUAUGAGCCAUGGAGCCGCCCGGCAGCAGCUCCCGGCGGCCGCCCCUGGCGGGCUGCAGCCUUCCCCGAACCUCCAGCGGCGCCCGCGGCGGCCCCGCCGGCCCGGCGCCUGCCCGCGCCCUGGCCCGCGCGCCGCCUUGCCGCCUGCUCCUCGUCCUUGUCCUGCUGCCUCCACUCGCCGCCUCGUCCCGGUCCCGCGCCUGGGGGGCUGCUGCGCCCAGCGCUCCACAUUGGAAUGAAACUGCAGAAAAAAAUUUGGGAGUCCUAGCAGAUGAAGACAACACAUUGCAACAGAAUAGCAGCGGUCACAUCAGUUCCAACAGUGCAAUUCAGAAAGAGAUCACGCUGCCUUCAAGACUGGUGUAUUACAUCAACCAAGACUCGGAAAGCCCCUACCAUGUUCUUGACACAAAGACAAGACACCAGCAAAAACAUAACAAGGCUGUCCAUCUGGCCCAGGCAAGCUUCCAGAUUGAAGCCUUCAGCUCCAAAUUCAUUCUUGACCUCACACUGAACAAUGGUCUGCUGUCUUCUGACUAUGUGGAGAUUCACUACGAAAACGGGAAGCCACAGCUCUCUAAGGGUGGAGAACACUGUUACUACCAUGGCAGCAUCAGAGGCGUCAAGGACUCCAGGGCGGCGCUGUCGACCUGCAACGGACUGCAUGGCAUGUUUGAAGAUAAUACCUUCGUGUAUAUGAUAGAGCCGCUGGAGCUGAUUCAUGAUGAGAAAAGCACAGGUCGACCACAUAUUAUACAGAAAACCUUGGCAGGACAAUAUUCUAAGCAAAUGAAGAAUCUCAAUGUGGAGGGCAGUGACCAGUGGCCCUUUCUGUCUGGAGUGCAGUGGUUGAAGAGGAGGAGGAGAGCAGUGAAUCCAGCUCGUGGUGUGUUUGAAGAAAUGAAAUAUUUGGAACUUAUGAUUGUUAAUGAUCACAAAACGUAUAAGAAGUAUCGCUCUUCUCAUGCACACACCAAUAACUUUGCAAAGUCUGUGGUCAACCUUGUGGAUUCUAUUUACAAGGAGCAGCUCAACACCAGGGUUGUCCUGGUGGCUGUAGACACCUGGACUGAGAGGGAUUAUAUUGACAUCACCACCAACCCCGUGCAGAUGCUUCAUGAAUUCUCCAAAUACCGACAGCGUAUCAAACAGCAUGCUGAUGCUGUGCACCUCAUCUCACGUGUGACGUUCCACUAUAAGAGAAGCAGUCUGAGUUUCUUUGGAGGUGUCUGUUCUCGUACAAGGGGAGUUGGUGUGAAUGAGUAUGGUCUUCCAAUGGCAGUGGCACAAGUAUUAUCGCAGAGCCUGGCUCAAAACCUUGGAAUCCAAUGGGAACCUUCUAGCAGAAAGCCAAAGUGUGACUGCACAGAAUCCUGGGGUGGCUGCAUCAUGGAGGAAACAGGGGUCUCUCACUCCCGAAAGUUCUCCAAGUGCAGCGUCUUGGAGUAUAGAGACUUUCUACAGAGGGGGGGCGGCGCCUGUCUGUUCAACAGGCCAACAAAGCUCUUCGAGCCCACAGAAUGUGGGAAUGGAUACGUGGAAACUGGGGAGGAGUGUGACUGUGGCUUCCACGUGGAAUGCUACGGGCUGUGCUGCAAGAAGUGCUCUCUCUCCAAUGGGGCCCACUGCAGCGACGGGCCCUGCUGUAACAAUACCUCGUGUCUUUUUCAGCCACGAGGGUAUGAAUGUCGGGAUGCCGUGAACGGGUGUGAUAUCACCGAAUACUGUACUGGAGACUCUGGCCAGUGCCCACCAAAUCUUCAUAAGCAAGAUGGAUAUGCAUGCAACCAGAAUCAGGGCCGCUGCUACAACGGCGAGUGCAAGACCCGGGACAACCAGUGCCAAUACAUCUGGGGAGCAAAGGCGUCGAGUUCUGACAAGUUCUGCUAUGAAAAGCUGAAUACUGAAGGCACGGAGAAGGGGAACUGCGGGAAGGAUGGAGAUCGAUGGGUCCAGUGCAGCAAACAUGACGUGUUCUGUGGAUUUUUGCUCUGUACCAAUCUUACUCGAGCUCCACGUAUCGGCCAACUUCAGGGUGAGAUCAUCCCAACGUCCUUCUACCACCAAGGCCGGGUGAUUGACUGCAGCGGUGCUCAUGUGGUUUUAGAUGAUGAUACAGAUGUGGGCUAUGUGGAAGAUGGAACGCCAUGUGGCCCAUCUAUGAUGUGUUUAGAUCGGAAGUGCCUACAGAUUCAGGCCCUAAAUAUGAGCAGCUGCCCGCUCGAUUCCAAGGGUAAAGUCUGUUCAGGCCACGGGGUGUGCAGUAAUGAAGCCACCUGCAUCUGUGACUUCACCUGGGCGGGGACAGACUGCAGCAUCCGGGAUCCAGUCAGGAACCUUCACCCUCCCAAGGAUGAAGGACCCAAGGGUUUGUGUGAUUUCGCUGUCAAUCCGUUGCAUACUGAAUUCAUUGGCGUUCUUCCAGUGGUGCCAAUACAACAACUUAAUCGGUUUGAAAGGAGACACACAAGAAUAUCUCUUUGUGCCACUAAAAUGUCAAAUUCAUGGUACUGCAGAAUUAAGGACUCUAAAAUAACAUAUUGAAAAAGAUUUUUGAAUUUCCCCUUAGUGUAGAAUUGAGAUUAGGAAGAAGUAAGUAUACCGAUUUCCUUUCUUUCCUUUAAACCUCAUUCUUUUUCCAUAAUCACAAAUGUUAAUCAUUUCAUAGUUUGUCUAAGCUCUGCCAGUUUUCUAAGAGAUAAAAUCCACGUGGCUGACAUGACACUCUGGUCGUUCCUCAACACUGGGAUCCCCCCAGAGGGAAAUUGUAGUCUUUGUGCUCUGACAAAUCACACCUCUGAUUAGGAAUUCUUCAAAGAGCUUUAAUUCUUCAAAGAAAAUGUGAAGGAUCUGGACCUUUGUUUUAAUCAGCCAUUGAAAGGAGAGAAAUCAGAAUUUUAGAGUUAAAAGGAGCCUCAGUGGCCAUCUGGAACCCCCCAAGGUGCAGGUGAGCACGCACAGACCCUGAGGUCAGAUGACAUGCUGUAGUGACCUGGGUGACCAGGACCCAGGGACCUGAUCUCAGGCCCCUUCUCUUCUGUUACAUCUUGUUAUGAUGUAGUCUAUGUCAUCAUGAAUAUUAUUAUUAAUAUUCACUUGCUCAUUAUUCUUCCCAUUCCCAACCCCUCAUACGAUUUUCAAAGAUCUAGAAGUCAUCAGUUGCAGUAGGCUUACGACAGCAUCUCUAGCAUCGUACCUGAGAAACCAAGGGAUUGCUAGAAUGAACACUGUACCCCAAUGGCAGUGUACAUCAGGUUCUUCUUUUUCAUGGUGCUGUUAACAGUAUUUUAUAAAUAACUAUCAUGCUGUUUUCCUGCACAUAGGAAAAAUAUAUGUGGAAAUAGUGUAUUUUGAUUUGCUUAGUUUUGGGUGAAAUCUUGUUUAAACUCUCUGAACUUUGGUAUUGUCCAUGUGGGAAAAUAUGACUUCAAAAGCGUAUGAAGCUCUGUAGCCCUCAGUUCCUGAAAAGAUUAGGCUGAUAUGAGUGGUGUGCAUGUAUGAUAUUCUGUAAUAGUGGGUGUGUUAGAACACUUUUCAUGCAUUUGCUUAAUAUGCCCAUGGUAUUACAAUUCUGUAAGAAUCAUAAUCACACCCUCAGUCUAUUUCUGUUCUCCUUCUAUUUCUAAAAGGGAACAAAUUCCACUUUAAAUUAGUCUUUUGUUACUUUAAAACUAAAACAAAACAUUCUUGGAUCCACCUUCGGAAGUUAGAUUUAGAAAAGAUUUAGGCUCUGAGGAGAGAAGCAGAGGUUUACUCUUUCCAAAUCUUCUCUCCUAGUUUGUGUGUGAUUCUCUUAAAGAUCUAGUCGCUGCUUUUCCUUAAGUGAUGUAUGAAGGCACCUGAACAGAUGAGCAGAGCUAAGCUGGCCUAGACUCUUAUCUGACCUUGUUAGGUAGGGACGGGGUUGUUCACUGCUGGCUCUGUCUAGUCCCCACUCCUCCCCUACCCAUGCCUGGAAAACUUACAUGGAGGCAUGAGGUAAACAGCUGCUUUCUAAAGAUGAGAAUGCUCACAGCUACCUUCUGUUUGUUUUGCUCUCUUCCCAUUUAAUUAUGUGCUAUUCUACAUUAUCUUUUGAAGAUAUCCUUUUUGAUCAUUCAAGUAACACGUUUACUGUAGAAAAAUUUUAAAAUACAAGAAAGAUUAAAAAGAAAAUUAAAAAUCAUCCUUAAUCCCACGACUCAGAUUUAUAAUCAGUAUAAGCAUUCUGGUAAAUUUCUCUCCUGUUGCAUGUUUUCUGUUUUGGUUCUUAAUGGAGACAAUGAAUUCAUUAGAGUAAAGGUUCCCAUUGGUUCUAAAAUUGUUAAAAUCUUCGUGAAUCUCUAAUAAUCUUGAUUAAAUUGAAAAAAGCCAUUAAUUGAUAUAAAUGAAGAGCAGUUAUUAUAAAUUAUUAGAUUUUCAGAAAAGUCAAGCAAUUGGUACAACUGAAUAAUAGCUCUAUAUUUAUUUAUUUAGAUUUUUUCAGCCUCUGUAGAAAAAACUGUUAUUACACUAGUAAAAUGGAAAACAACAGAAAUCAAAACUUUAACCCUUUGUUGUAAGUUUUAUGAUUUUAUUUUUGAUGUUCUGGUUAAAAGAAGAUAAUGAGAGAGACUAUGUACUUUACUCCUUUUUUUAUCCAGAUAGCAAAUUUUUAUUGACUAUCUACUAUUUAAAAGAGAGCACAUCCUCAGCACAUAGUAGGCACUCCAUCAAUAUCUCAUCCCUUCCCUUUGAGAGUGUGUAAAGGAAAUGGAAUGCCGAGUGUUAGUGCUGAUUUCAGUUUAUCAGUAGCCAUUUGUCGUAUUGCCUUGCUGAAGAGUCACAGGUAAUGAACUCAAGAUGGUAAAACAAUCAGUACUUUCUUGACUGUAGGUUCAGCAGCUGUGUGAGGUGCCAGGGUUUCUCUCUAACUGCAUGCUCCACAUUCUUUCCCAGGGUGGAAUUCGUUUGGUUGGCACCUACCUUACUGAGCACAGUGUUUGGGCCCUCCCCAAAUGCUUGCCGUAUAUAUUGUGCAACACGCACAAUGAUCUGGCCCAUCAUAUCCAUAGAUGAAGGUUUUCUGUAUAGAUAUAGUGAGAGAGUAGGAAAAAUACCUCGUUUUAUUUCAUUUCAAUGUACUUCUUUGUUAUGGAAAAAAAAUUCAAGAAGCUAAAUGAAAAUAUUGCCUUUUUUAUCAUGAACAUUGGCAUAAAAGAUAAAUUGUACCCACCUGCAGCCUCUUGGAUCAAGACCAAAUUAAUAAAAAGAAAGGUGAUUUCUGUGACUGUUUCCAUCGAUUUGAGGAUGUCAGAAAUGAACAGAUAUGUUUUGAGUAUUUUUUUUUAUUUCAAGUAUUAAGUUCCUGGAAGAAUAAAAAACCUCUCCAUCUCUCCAGUAGGGACUAAAAACACUCAUGAAAGUAUUGCCAUUGAAGUCACUCUGCACUGACUAAGGUUGUCCCCUGUUGACUCACUAUUUAAAGCUAGAUUAUUUGCUCCAACUUCUCAAAUCAAAAUUAUUAAAAGAGAAGAACUAGGAUCUCAAAGCAAAAACCAUAUGAGUGAGGAUUUUUUUAAAAAGAUUUUCUAUGAUGUAUUACUUCAUUUUUUCUACAUUGCCACUUAUUUCACAUAUGAAGACUCUUCUGGUUCUCUUCUCUCAACUUGUUUCCUCUGAACUCACUGGAAGAAAUUAUUUUGGUUUGUUCUACAAGGGGAGAAUAUGUUUGAACUCUGUUUAAAAGACCUAGAAUUCCCACCUGCUGUAGGGAGAGCCAGGUCAAGUGCCUGGAAUGUUUGUUGAUUUGUAGACAUCUUUACCUGGUGCUUGUUGUGGAAUACAGUGGAACUUUUCUCAUUGGAUGGUUUGCAUCACCAUUUUAGGAGGAAAAAGAAGAAAUGGGAACCUAUCAAAUGUUUUCAUUGAUAUGGAAGAUCAGAAACUGUUCCUAGGAAGCUGUGGUCAGACCCUUAUGACCAUAGUCAUCAAAUGAGAGAUAGAAGGGCCUUAGUGGCAGUUCAGUCCAGACCCGCUGUUGUACAAAUGAGAAAACUAACUUAAUUAUCAGGGUUAACAGCUAGUUAGGGGCAGAGCCAAGAAUAAAAUGUAGAUCACUUGGUCUUGAGCCUAAAGCUUUCCCUGGUAUUGCGCAUUGCCUCAUUUGAGGCUGAGUAUUCAGUUAUUCUGCUGGUUCUUAAAGCACAAUAAUAAGCAGAAAGGGUGAAAUAAUAACCAAGUAAUGAUGAAGCUUAUUAGCUGAUCCAUUACUUCUCAAAGGAAGUGUUAUAUUAUUCACAUUUAGUAUUUUGAGAACCAUAAUUUCUAAGUCUUAAUGCCUUGAGGAGUAUUAGUUUACCUUUGCCUAUAUCUUUUUGAUGACUUCCUUUGUGAGUGCGCAAUUCUGUGAUUUUGUAGUUCGGAUGAUUAAAUAUGAGAUGUUAUGAUUAUCAUAUAUGAUUAUGCUCGUGUAUAAUUAGGUAUCACCGAGGUAUUUUUCUCACUAACAAUGGCCUCAUCAAUAACUUAAGAAUUUACCAAGUUUAAAACAUUUUUCACGCACUGUGAGUUUAUUUUGUUUGAGUUCAGAAAACUUCCAUUGACAGUGUAAACUGACUGAAAUAAUAUUUCUAUAUGAAAUAAUUUAUUUUUCAUCCUUUUAGACAUUUGUCCCAAUGUGUCCAAAAAUGAACUUAAAAUGUUGGGGUUUUUUCAUGGAAAAGAGUAAGGAGAUAUGAUUGUAUGUCUAACAUAUUGAAAUAUGAAGCUAGAUAAAAUAUCUGUUUGUAAUGCCAAUAUUAUACUCUAAAGUAUAAAGAGUAUAUUUAGUAUUUAUUUCUCAUCUUAAAUUUUAGCAAAAUGAUAAACCCCGGCAGCAAGAACUUUGGUCCAUAGAGCACAAAUGAUGCUUUUGAAGAAUGAGUGAUGCAGGCUUGUAGCUCCUUCUAGCUCCUUGGAAUCCCAUGGACAAAAUAAGGCGCCUUUCUGUUUUAGAAACUCUAAAAGUAAGAAAAGAAAAGGAAAAAAACACCACUAAUAUUCAAAAACACAGUUUCAGAAUGUCUGAAAGCAUGACUUGUUUGUGGAAGAAUUCUACGUAUAAAAUAGAAAUUCUUAAGAAAAGGAGAAAAUUCACAGUUUGCAUCUUAAUAUUCUAUACUUCUCAAAAAUUCUACUUUUAGCACAGAUGACCCUAGAUAGCAGAGACCAAGACUAAAAAUAAUAAUAAUAAACCAACGAACAACAGAAAUAAAGAGGAAAACAUACUGCCAGGUAAUAACCAGUUUCCACAAUCAAGUAUUAAUGGAAAGUAAGUGUGUCAAAGAGUUAGGGAGCAAAGUUAAGUUUCUCAUAUGAGGAUUGUAUUAUUUGCUAGAAUCUUGAAGAGUUCUAUCAUCAGGUUCGGUAGGAUGAAAAGAAAAAUAAGAUAUAUUGUCACACCCCUAGCGUAGUUCCUGGAACAAAAAAGGCAUUUAGUAGAUAACAAAUGAACGAGUGAACAAUUACAGUUACAUGAUGAUAAAUUAGUACAGAAGUGAAACCAGAGCGUAGGCCCCCAAAGGUCCAGGGAAUUAUUUCAAUGAGAAGAUAAAUUCUUUGUAGCUGCGAAGAGCAGCUGGAACCUCAGUUUUCAAAUACGUCCCCUGUAAAAAUCCACCCUCCUGUGAGCCACUCCAUUAAUCCAUGUCAGUUUGAAAACAGAUGGAGUCACUACCUCCUGGAAGAGAUAACCCUGUUAGGUAUCACGCUAAAGAAUCAGCUGGAUUUUACAUCUAUUUUCAGUAAACCAGAAUUGACAGUAGUAGAGGGAGGGAGAACGAGGAGAGGAGAGGACACUUUUGAAAAACUCUUGUCCCACUUAGUUUUAUCUUGCUUUGGUGUUGAAAGCACUUAUCAAUUAAGAAUUUGGAGAUUAUUAUUCUUGCUCAGUGAGUAUUUCAGACUCUAUCUGUUUGUCUUGACUACACAUUUGAAGCAUCUGUGGAAAUGUCUUGUUCCUCUGGUUGUGUUUCUAACACCUGCAUGGUGGAUCGCCUAAUUCUCUUGAUUCCUCAGUGAGAAAUUACACCCGCAGCAAAUACAAAAGACUUUUUAAAUUGUUAUUUUUAUUUAUCAUUCCAUACAGUUACUAUAAUUUUUUUAAAUUAGCAAGUACUCAUUUAGCAUCACAUUUACAGGAGUGUGUGUGUGUUUCCUAUAAUUUAGCAUAUAUGGCUUUUAUGAAAAUUGAAGAGGUACUAGGACUCUUGUGUAUUUGGGCUUUGAGAGCCAAUGCCUAAAAUUUAAGCAAAAAAUAUGUGUGUAUAACAAAAUGUAUCCUAGUUAAUUUAGUGUUCUGAAAGCAAUGAUUUUCUAAGGUGUUAAAGAAAUGAGGCCUUACAUCUGGAAUAUCUUUCAUCCCAGUAUUUGCCUCCAUGAUUUGGACUCUGAACCACAGUUUUGGUUAUUUUGAAUUAUAACAUCUUUUCAUAUUUGGAAAACAUUACCACCACUGCAUACGUUGGUCUUGCCUCCUUUCCUUCAGUGCUCUCAGUAGACUUCCUCUGUUUUCUGUUGUGUCCCCAUCUUUUUUUGUUUUUAAAAACAACUCAGGUUGUGCUUAGUUAGUGAUAAAACUAGAACCUCUCACUUGUGUUAUUUGCCCUGUGAUGAAAUGAAGUAAUUGUGCUCACCAGGGUUAGAGAUCAAGAUUCUCUCUGGGAGAAUAUUUACUAAAAAGGUCGACAAGCCCAAUAGUAAGCCUUAAACAAUUGUGACUCCGAGUUGUGGUCUCUGUCUUGCUUCAGUGUCUCCCAGCACACAGUCUGUGUGAAUGCAGCCUUGUUGAGGCUGAUCUCUGUUUCUGUUGGUAAAGUGUUUGAAGCCAGUACUGGAUUCACAUAGAAACAUGAGAUGAAGUGCAUGGAUGUCCACGGGCUUGUGUGCAGACACAGACACACAGACGUGCUCAGCCCUGUAUAACCUGCCUUCCACUUCAGCACUAAACUUCAUCUUGCCUGUGCAGGGAGGACCCUGGGGACCUGUGCUCAUGCCGCCCCCUUUGCAGCACAUGACCGGGUGUGCCCGGGUUGAGUGUCUCCCUUGGUAGUCUGCCUUUGGGUGGUCUGAAGCAAUUUGUACAGUUUCCCAGAGACCCCAACUUUCUCUCCAUGCGUAGUUUAUACACUGGAGAUGAUAAACAAAAAAUUAAGUGUCCAAAUACCGUGAUAGAAACCCAAACAUUUCAGAGUUAUUUGAAAUAUACGUUUCCAGGUAAAAUAACUUUCCAGGUAAAAAUGCAUUUAAUUUUAAAGAUACUCUGUUUUAAAUUU